CUUUCAUACAACAAGCGUGGCGCAUUCGUACAGCGAUAGCAGGCUGCUGAAAAAGUAUUCGAAAUAGAUUUAAAAUUAUAGUAAAAGUGUAACUCUUAAAGCGUACUGUAAAAACGGUAUACAUAUAUAUAAAUAUAUAACUAUUAGAAAAAAUAUUCGAAUACUCGUGAAAUCCUGUAAUAAAAAGUUAAAGUGCAAAAGAAUCAGCUAACAAGAAAAAAUAUGGUUAAGGAAACGGGCUAUUACGAUCUGCUGGGAGUGAAGCCCAAUGCGACCCCUGAUGAGCUGAAGAAGGCCUACAGAAAAUUGGCGCUCAAAUACCAUCCAGACAAGAAUCCCAAUGAGGGCGAGAAAUUUAAAGCCAUCUCGCAGGCGUACGAGGUGCUCUCCGAUGCGGACAAGCGUCAGAUAUACGACGAGGGUGGUGAGGCGGCCAUCAAGAAGGGCGGCGCCGAUUCUGGCGAUUUCCGUAAUCCAAUGGACUUCUUUGAGAAAUUCUUUGGUACCGGUUUCAGUAGUGGCGGCGGCGGUCGCCGUCGUGAGCGACGCGGCAAAGAUGUCGUCCACCAGAUGUCCGUUCAAUUGGAGGAGCUGUAUAAUGGAGCAACGCGCAAGCUGCAGCUGCAAAAGAAUGUGAUUUGUGACAAGUGCGAGGGACGCGGUGGCAAGAAGGGCAGCAUCGAGAAGUGUGUGCAGUGUCGCGGCAAUGGUGUCGAGGUCCGUGUGCAACAGAUUGCGCCCGGCAUCGUGCAACACAAUGAGCAGGUGUGCCGAAAGUGUUCCGGCAGCGGUGAAACCAUACAGGAGAAGGAUCGCUGCAAGAACUGCAACGGACGCAAAACGGUGCGAGAGCGCAAGGUGCUGGAGGUGCACAUCGAGAAGGGCAUGCGGGAUGGCCAGAAGAUAGUAUUCGCAGGCGAGGGCGAUCACGAGCCCGAAUCUCAGCCGGGUGAUAUCAUAAUAUUGUUGGACGAAAAAGAGCACUCAACAUUUGUGCAUGCGAAUACGGAUCUGAUGAUGAAAAUGCCGCUGCAGCUGGUCGAGGCUUUGUGCGGCUUCCAGCGGGUAAUCAAGACUCUCGAUGAUCGCGAUCUGCUGAUUUCCACACAACCCGGUGAAGUUAUCCGACACGAAAUGACCAAAUGCAUUGCUGAAGAGGGUAUGCCCAUAUUCAAGAACCCCUUGGAGAAGGGCACACUCAUCAUUCAAUUCGAAGUUAUAUUCCCCGACAUGCUCAAUCCAUCAGUUAUCCCGACGCUCAAGCAAUGCUUGCCACCGGCGCCAGAUAUUGACAUUCCAGUUGAUGCAGAGCAUGCAGUUUUGGAGGACUUUGAUCCCAAGCAACGUCGCCAGGAACACCAGCGCAUGGCCUAUGAUGAGGACGAGGGUGGCUACCAGUACGGACCACGCGUUCAACAGUGCACAUCCAGUUAAACGGCUUACACUUAAAGCAAAUUAACUAGCACACAACAAAAGUAAACAACACCCAUAAAAACGAAAUCCAAGAAGUAAAUCAAGUGUCUGCGCCCAAGGUGUAUCUGGAGAAUGAAUAUCCACUCGCCAACCCCCCUCUGCGCGUUCCAAUUGUCAACCCAAUGCAAGUCCGUCACUAACAUCGUCUGAACUAGCUACUGCCCCCCACUUGGCACUUAGCGCGUAUAUAUUCCCAACACCUGGCACUCCAUCCGCAUCGACUGGCAUUUGCUGCAUUCAUUGUAAUAUCCCAAACUAAAACUAAAAGAAAAAAAGAAACACUCGCAAAUAAUUAACUGAAAUUUACACACACACACACACACACCCAUAUAUACACUAAAAUGUAUCCAAAUUGAAGAAACAAAAAUUUCAAGUUAUAUAUAUGGCUUAGGAUCGGGAGACGCUCUUCAGACUACGAGAUAUGCUAAUUACGAUAUUUAGGUAUAAAAACAAAACAAAACAAAAGAAAAUACUUAUCAAAAAUAUUAUGCACUACAUUUUUAACGCGUGGUUCGAAAAA